CAAAUAAUAUUUAAAUUCUAAAAGCUUAAGGGAACGGAUGGUCUAAAAAUAGCGGAGAUUUUCUUAACAUACGGUAUAAGAAUCCCAAAGGAUGAUUUCACGGAAAAUAAAAAUAAAAAAAUCACAUAUAAAAAUGAAAAAUUAUUCAAUCUGGAGCAUAAUUUUUAUAAUUAUUUCAAUAAUUAAUAUUAUAUCAGUAUUACUUCUUAUGAUAGUAAUAAUAAAAUCACCAUCAUAUUUAACAAAAUGGACAUUAUUUCAAUUAUGUAUAGCAGCAUUAGGUUAUAGCAUAUCAACAUUACCUUCGAUAUUAAUAUAUGGUGAUAAUUUAUUGGAGAAAGCAUUUACAUCAAAUUUAUGUAUGAUUCAAUUUAGAGUUGCAUCUUUUUUCUUUUAUCCUUUAAAUUUAUUACCUAUUGAAUUAUCAUUUUAUUUUUACGGACUUUUAAAACCAAAGUUAGAUUUAAAUAUAGAAAAAAAAUGGUUUUGGACUUUAACUUCAAUAACUUGGAUUCUUUCUUUAUUUUAUAAUUCUUUAAUAUUAAUUAUUACUCGUAAUGAUGAGAAUGGAGGUAUUAUAGCAACAAGAUUUUAUUGUGAAGCUUACAAGGUAACAAAUAAUUGGAAUCAUUUUUGGGUUUAUCAAUUUAUUGUAUCUAUUUUUUUAGUUGCCACAAUAAUUUCACUCUUUUCGAUAAUUAUAUUAUAUCGAAAAUGGAAAAUAUUUAAUAAUAAUCAAAAUAGAAGGACGGCUAUUAAAUUGGGUUAUGCAGUACGUUUAUUUAUUUAUAUAAUUAUAUAUACUGCAUUAUUAGGAUGUUAUAUUAUUUCGGAUAUAAUAAAACAAUUAAGAAUUGGUAAUAAAGAAUUAACUAAUUACGCUGAAGAUAGUUAUUGUUUUGGUGAUUUUACAUCUGCAAUUGCUGGAAUAAUUUUAUUACUAAUAUUUGGAGGAAAUCGUACGGCGGCAAUAUGUUUACCGUGUUGUUAUUAUGUUCCACCACAUAAAGCUUAUCAACCUUUUGUUCCUCCGUCAUUUACUCCUCCACAAACUGAUAUGUUCGAAAUUAUUGUAAAUGAUAAUAAUAAUAAUGUUAAUGUUAAUGUUAAUGAAUAUAUUGAAAAUUCUGAAAUUACAUUAGAUUUAGAUUUUCCCAGAGAAAAUUGAAAAUCUAUUACUAAUGCUUAUAACCGCAGUGCAUGCAGUGGAGGGAAGAUGAAAAUUUGGCGCAAAUGGCGCAGAACGCGUAUUAAUAAUGAGUAAUAGUUUGUACAACUACAAAAAAUUUAAGUUUUUUCCAUAUAUGUUCUAUACAAGAUUGAUCUAUGAUAUCAUUCGUCAUUUAUUGGUGACAAAGUUUUUUCUAUUUAUC